AAACAUAAUCACUGUAAACAAUAAACUGGCUCCACGAGUUGUGUAUAUCUCUCAUGUAUCAUAAACAAACAAAGAGUUGGUGAGGGGAGUAAGAAGUGUUCAUUUGUGAUAACAGUCUGUGUCCGGUGGUCGCUUAGGGCGGUCACACUGCCUCACUCUCCCGACUCAACCUCACGCUAACAUGGAUAACAAGAUGGCAGUGGAAAGGGUGACAAUGAAGACGGUAUCUGAUCCUCGUACAGAAGAUCUCUCUCUCUACAGCUCUGAAUACCUGGAGGUGAACCCAGGACGUGUCUUCCUGCCCUCCUUCUAUGCCGACUGGCAUGACCGCUACACAAAUUUCACUGUCCACCACGAAGAUGUUUGGGUGGUCACGUUCCCAAAAUCGGGAACUACUUGGACGCAGGAGUUGGUGUGGUGCCUCAUGAAGGAUAAAGACUCGCCGGAGGCUCAGCUGGAACUGAUGAAGAGGUUCCCCUUUUUCGAGUACGACUGUCUCAUUCACCCCGACAUGGAGGUAUCUGGCCUGAAGGAGGACGACCCUAUGCGGCCGGGUUUGUCCUGGAAAAUGGUGCAAAGCAUGGCCGCCCCCAGGACGAUUAAGUCGCAUCUCCCCAUGCAGCUUCUUCCUCGUCAAAUCUGGGAUGUCAAGCCGAAGGUGGUGUACGUGUGUAGGGACCCACGCGAUGUCUGUAUCUCUUAUUAUUAUCACUAUCGUAAGCUGGAAGGAUAUGUUGGGGACCUACAGCACUUCAUCGACUGCUUCCUUGAUGAGAAAGUGGUCUACUCACCCAUCUGGUCACACAUCCUCACCUUCUGGCAGCUAAGGCAUCAACACCACGUCCUCUUCAUCAGGUUUGAGGACAUGAAGGAGGACCUGGCCGCCGUGGUGAGGCAGGUGGCCGAGUUCUUAGGGAAGGAGGUGAAGGAGGAGGAAGUGUCGUGGCUGGUCCAUCACUGCUCCUUCGACCAGAUGAGUCAGAACCCUGCCGCGAACAAUGAGACUUUCACGACAGCGCCCACUGAGGAGGCCAAGGGCAUCAAGUUUAUGAGAACAGGACAGGUGGGUGACUGGAAGAACUACCUGACGGAGGAGCAACAGAAGGCCUUCAAGACGUGGACACUGAAGAAUCUCGAGGGCUCAGACUUUCCUUACUACCAAGACUUCAACUAGAGACAAACUUAUCAACAUAACGUCAAUUGUUUUACCUGCCAGUGUAUGGUUGAGGUGUUUAUAAGUAGAUUUGAAUUAUAAAUAAAACACUGAUGUGUCCUCUGAU